CAGUCCUCUCGGCCCGCCUGGUCAAUGUGGGGGUAAAACUAACAGCAUCUCUGUUUGAAAUUAAAUCUAACGAGAUUAGAACUAGCCACAGCAACUUCCCCGUUAAUUUGUCGUCCCAGCUGGUGGUCAGUCAGUUGAUUCGCAGAAAGAUCCACUCUGUCAUCUGGGUGUGUCCGUAGGAUAAAUUUCGCGCCUGAGUUGAGUCCAGGCCACGUGCUUCAAGUGCUGAAGGUCAACGUUCGAAUUCUGCGAAAUGAAAUCCUCUUUAAUCUUCUCGCUAAUCGUCCUUGCGUUCCGAGCGACUUUGUCAUCGUCCGGACUGGUGCAGUCGGCGGCAAUUGUCGUUCUGGUGGCGAACGGAAGUGAUAUCACAAUCAAUUUGCCCGGCGAGUACAGCCACAACCGGUUGCUGAACGUGGUGAGCGAUUCCGGAAACAAUAACCCGUCGGUGUUCGAUUGGGUCGGCGGCAAUGGGGCGAACAAGGCUCCGCGGCUUUCCAUCGGGGGUGGCAAUCAGGGAAGCAAUGGCGGAGGAGGUCGAGGUGGGGGCGUUGGGGCAGCGGUGAUUGAUGCACUCUGGAAAGCGGAAAGUUCAACGGCUGCUGGAGCUGGACAGGAUGACGAAUAUGUCGAUAGCGGCGAGAGUGAAGAAUCUAAAAAAGUCACUAUCAUGCAAACCACGAAUGCUGCGGAAACGACCACUGCGCGGAGCCUGGCCGUGGCGAGUGGUUCCUCGAGAACAACAUUGAAUACUUGGCACUCGAAGUACGUGACCGCGGCAUUGAACCAUCCCGAUUGAAGGCUUUGGAAUGUUCAAUCUGUGAUAGUUGUUUUCUUAAGAAACCAUUGUGCAAUAGAGAUCAGUUUCAUUGAAAGAGUAUUAGAUUCACAUCUGUAAUUUAUCUGGAAAGUGAAGGUAAGUAAGUAAUUGGUCAAAUUUAAGUAAGUUCCAAAAUUAUUGGAAAGCAAUAAAAUCUCCAAAUCGUUUGUCCAAGACAAAUCAAAAUCUAAA